AUGGAGGAAGCCACGGCUCUGGCUACCCUUGCGUUGCCGCAAACGAACCUCGAGACAAUCUCGCGGCCCAGUUCCACGUCGACUUCGGAAUCCGCUUCCGCAGCCGCAGUUGUAGCCGCGGCCUCCACGGUUCCUCAGUUGCCAGGCAUUUCAGCGCUUGCCCAGGCCAACAACUCUGCGACGAGCUCGCCUCAGAUGCGAGAAGCGAUUCCCGCGCCCGCUCCCGUUGCCGCCUCCACACCGACUCAGGCGCCCGCGCCCGCGCCAGCCCCCGUGCCGACGCCGACUUACGCUUCUGGCGGAGGAUCCACCACGCCAACAUGCCAAAACUGCCAGACCUCAACCACGCCCUUGUGGCGGCGCGAUGAGUAUGGAUCAGUCCUCUGCAAUGCAUGCGGACUGUUCCUCAAGUUGCAUGGUCGUCCGCGUCCGAUCUCGCUCAAGACCGACGUGAUCAAGAGCCGAAACCGCGUGAAGACGAUGCGCCCUGAUCUUGCAUCUAAGAAAAAGCAACAGCAGCAGCAACAACAAGCCCACCAGUUUGGCGCAAACGAUCCGAACGGCCUCGACAUCCAUGGGCAGAACCAGCGCAGACAGUCGCAAAAGUCAAACGGCAAUCCGGACGGCUCUGACUCUCCCGUUUCUCGUACCGCAACCCCUUCUCUAUACAACCCUAGCCUCCCGGUCUUCCAGGGCAUGGACGAUGCGCAACUUCAGGCUGGACUGCAGGGCUUCAACGUCUCUGGGUCGGACAACCGCUCGGGCUCCCCCCUGAAUGGCGACCGACACCUCGAUGUCCCGCAAACACAUGAGCAGCUCAUUGCCGCCAAUUCUGCCCUCAAAACCCGGGUUAGCGAACUAGAGCUGAUCAACGAACUUUUCCGUGGUCGGCUCAGCCAAAUGGAGCAAGACGAAGCGAGCGCAAGAAGAGGGCAGGAAAUCAGCGGCAAAGCAGAAGCUCAGCUGCGGGCUCAGCUUGAGAGCAGCAAGAAGCAAUUGGACGAGAGCCAUCGCAGAGAAAACAACCUCAAGCGACGUCUCGACGAGAUGGAGCUGGAGCUGAAGGAGGCCAGAGAUGCCCUGGACCUUUCUGACUCUGGCCGCGCAGCAAAAAAGCCUAGGAUUGCCGAAGUGGUUACCAAUCCAGCCGUUGCUGCGGCCACGAGCGGAGGAGGCGGUGACGGUGGUGGUGGUGGAGAAUCCGAAGUCUCGACUCCUCAAUCCGCCGCCGCGAACUGA